UUUUGAAAGGGGAGACCACCUGACACCGGAAGUGUAACAUUGAAGGACGUCCGGCAAUGUCGGAAAACAGGAAGGAGGGAAAAGAACGCAUGCGAUUCGGCUUUACUGACGAAACAUUUCAACGUGUCUUUUCUCUAAAGUAGUUUUUAGCUACUGUCAAGCUGCCUAGAAACACUUUCUGCUAUAAAGAGACACACAUAAUUUAUUUCUUUCAAGCUGGCGAAGCAACCGGAAGCUCAUUGUUCAUGAUGUCACAGGCCACCAAACGCAAACACGUUGUCAGUGAGGUUUAUGGCGACUUUGUCACGCCCACAGAAAACCAGCAGAUCGUAAAGGUUACUGGUAGCCGUGGUAACAACCUCCAUGAAGCUGUCACAGCCCAGGGUGUGACUUUCCUGGUGAGCAUGCCCCCCAAGUUCCGCAAGAACCUCUGGAUCAAGAGAGGUGACUAUGUGAUUGUGGAUCCCAUUGAGGAAGGAGAGAAGGUGAAGGCAGAGAUCAGCUUCAUUCUCUACAAAGACCACAUUCAGAACCUCCAAAAACUACACCUCUGGCCAGAGGGGUUUGCGGAGGAGCCGUCAGAGCAGGACAAGACGGACAAACAGCAGAAUAAGGAAAAGGAGACGAAGGAGAAAGACGAGGAGUUCAGUUACUCUGAAGAUGAUGAAAGUGACAUCUUUGUGAACACCAACCGCUGUAACUACCAUUACAGUGAGAGUGAGGAGGAGGACAGUGAGGAAGAUGAGGAUGACAAAGAGAAAAGGACAGAAAAUGGGUCAUAGUUCACAGCACUGAGGACACGGACAAUCAAAAAUGAGAGUUGUGGAAAUCAUUUGACCAUGUGCUCUGCUGCUGCGGGUUGACUGGUGAUUUGAAAUGAUCCUGAUGCUACAGGUCCCUCUGGACUCUGGCCUGUUGUAGCGAUAAAAGGCUGGGCUCAUUGAAUGGACUUAAACUUAAUGGAACAAAAUAAGUCUUGCUUGUUUAUUUGAAUUUAAAAUCCCAGUAAUGUCGCACUUUAACUGAAAAAGAAUAGGAAUCUCAUGUCGGUUUGAAAUUCUGUAGGAUCAAUUUCUACUGUACUGUCGAUGUCUAACUGAGCAUGUGUCACAAACUCAUGUUUGUUUCACCCCUAGUGCAGCCAUUACUAAAGAGCAUUACAGGGUACACGCUACACCCAGACCUUACUGUACAUAUGCAGGAUGAUGUUAAUGUAAACUCCAUUCCUCCUCCACAGGACAAAAUAAAUCUGUUGGAAACUCACAAAAAUUGCAUAAUUCAAAACCUUUACACCGUUGGCAGAGCACCUGUUUUUCACGAAGGAAGUGGUGAGAUUACACCUCCAAUUUCACUGGUCCCUUAAGUAUAUCUUGUUUUAACUAGCUGGACUGUAAACUGUUCUUUUGCAGAGCUCCUUGUAGUGCUGAGUGUAUUGAUUUUUUUAAAUGAUUGCAGCUGAUAGCCUUGGGGAUUUGCUGUGUUAAAAGCAGCAAAAGAUCAAAAUGCAUAGUUGUUCAUUGUGACUACUGUGUGCCUCAUCUCUGACAUUCCUUACCCAGUUGCUGAUUUUGGUUUGUAUAAUGAUGAAGGUUUUGGAAAUAGAUUAUUCUUUAAGUUUUUCUUCAUCACUUGGGCCACAUCUUUCUCCAAAGAGCCAUCUCUCCUCAAAACUGUUGCCAGUGGAUAUGAAACAUUUUUUUUUCCACCAUAUCUAUAAAUAUUCCC